AUGUGGAAGAGGCCCACGACACCCAAAACAGAGGAAAUCACAUCAAAGAAAGUGUCUGUGAUUGCACCUUCCACAUCACAAGCUGGAAUUAAACGACCUGUCACCCAGGAGGACAGAGAAUGGGCAUUGUCAUCUUUGGCACAGCUUGACCGUUUUACAGGUCUGGGUUGGAUAAUUGCUCCAGAAUUGCCUCAGACUUUUGACCCAUCCCAUCACAUCAAAACUUUUGAUGGGCUAUUGGCCAGCUCCAGUUAUGGUGAUGCAGAGGACAAAGCGCUGUAUAUGCUUUCAUCCCUUGCUGUGAGCCCACAACAGAAGGAAGCCAUUGAGAGAGCCACAGUUGGGCAAACUAAGAAUGCCUUAUGGAUGGCAUAUCGCAGGAAGAGAAUAACAGCCAGCAACUUUGGUCUUGUGUUGGCAGCAGUGAAGAGGAACUCUUACCCUCCUUCAUUAUUCAAAACCCUGCUUGGUCAUUACAAUCUCAAGCAGGGAGCUCAUGCUUGUGAUUGGGGAAUCGUGCAUGAGCAAAAGGCAAAAGAAGAGUAUAUGAAGCGCACUGGUGUGACCUUCCAGGAGAGCGGCGUGUUUCUCUCUGACAGUGGCCUGCUUGGUGGCUCCCCAGAUGGGCUAGUAUCUGAUGACUGCAUCAUUGAGUUCAUGAACACUGUCCGUCUGGGGAUUUCAUCGAGGAGCGAGAGACCAGUGAGCCCCGCCCAGUGUGAUGCCACCCACGCGACCCCGUCCACUGAGACGUCAACCGCGAAUGUCCCCACCUACCCUAUUUUUCACCUCAGGGCGGUGUCACAGCUGGGGGAGGAGUUAAGCCGCCGUCUGCUGCAAUCUGUCCACAUCAGACACAUAACCAAUGAAUAA